ACAAGUUUUUUCUUAGGCAAUCUCUUUCCUUCCCCCCUCCCUCUCUCUCUCUCUCUCUCUCUCUCUCUCAUCUCGGUCGCUCGCUCGCUCGCGGCAGCCAUGGCCAUGCCUCAGCAGCACAAUCAGUUCCAUCAACAAGCUAAAACCUUGCGAAAUAUGUACAACAUCGAAGCUCAGAUUCCACCACCGGUCGCCUACUUCAAUGGCUCGAAUCUUCCCGAUCAUCAGCCCCAACAUCCACCGUACAUCCCUCCCUUUCACGUGGUCGGGUUCGCACCCGGUCCUGCUCCAGACCGCAGUGACGGUUUGCGUCCGCCAGAGCAAGAUUUUUUGGAGAGCAAUUCACAGAUAUCUUCCGUGGACUUCUUGCAAGCCCGGUCGGUUUCGACCGGUUUGGGUUUGUCGCUCGACAAUGGUCGAUUGGUUUCUUCUGGUGAAUCGCCUUUUCUUGGCCUUAUUGGCAAUGACUAUGACCGGGAGUUGCAGCGACAGGACGCUGAAAUUGACAAAUUCCUCAAAGUUCAGGGUGAUCGGUUCAGACAAGAAGUCCUAGAGAAGGUUCAGGCAAACCAACUUCGAACUCUCUCAUAUGUUGAAAAGAAAGCCCUUGAGAAAUUCAGUGAAAAAGAGGCACAGCUUGAAGAUAUCAACGAGAAGAAUGUGGAGCUUGAAUUGCGAAUAGAACAGUUGGCUGUGGAAGCAAGUGCUUGGAAACAGAGGGCCAGAUUAAAUGAAAAUAUGAUUAGCACUCUUAAGUUCAAUCUUCAGCAUGUCUAUGCACAGAGUAGAGAUAGUAAAGAAAGGUGUGGCAACAGUGAGGUCGAUGAUACAGCAUCUUGCUGUAAUGGUCGUGCUAGUGACUUCCACCUGUGCAAGGAGAAUAUUGAAAAGGGGUUGAUGACUUGUAAGGUUUGUAGAGUUAAUGAAGUUUGCAUGCUUUUGUUACCUUGUAAGCAUCUCUGCCUGUGUAGAGAAUGUGAAAUUAAGUUUAGUUUUUGUCCUUUGUGUCAGUCCUCAAAGAUUAUGGGCCUGGAGGUCUAUAUGUAAUGGGAAUAUGUGAAAGUCUAUGUCAGGUUAAUGUUACAUGCAUUUGUUCUUGAUAGUUUGUUAAUUUCCUCUUCA